AUUCAACACUAUAAGUAAAUAACAUGAGUCACAUGGAAGACGGCUUUUACGCAGAUUUAACAUACUAAUGAAAUGUAAGCUUCUUGGCGAAAUAAUAAAUAAUUCGAACAAAGCAAAAUUUGUCAUGAAGAAUAUUAAUAUUGAUUUAAUAUUUUUUAAUAGGUUUGCUGUACCUUUUGAGCGUUAGUGGGUAGUACUUGUUUUGGGGUAGGUUUUUAAAUAUCUGCAAAAUUCACAUGCCAUCCCAAUGCUAAUUUUUGUUUAACGCAAAAACGUAAAAAUAUACAUAUUUCUUCCAUUUUUGUGAUUUUAGAAACUUUAGAUUUAAAUAAAAUAAAUUAUUUAGCUUUUUUUAUGGCACUAUGAUUUGUCAACAUUUACGAGAUCCUGACAGUUUUUCACAUUCAGAAACAAUCCAUAUUUAAACUCAUGCUUGAAGCAAAAUCAAAAAAUUUUUAAUCCUUGUUCUCCCUUUAUUACUGACGAAUUUCCUAUGCCUAGUAGCUUAUUUUUUCUUUUUAACCGACUCUUUAACUCAUUUUUUUUUUACAAAUAAACAUUAAAAUCAACAUUUAUGGCGAACACAUCACUUUAGCCUAUACUCUGGUGUAGUAAAUGUGUUACAUAUUUCAAGUUCAAUAUUUGCCAACUUUAUUAUGCUUUUCACAUGGCUUCAUACUAAACCUUAUUGCAAAUCAUACGAUUUUGACGCCAUGCAUAUUCUAUUUAGAGAACAGAUGUCUAAAAUUUUUUUCGGACUAAUACUAUAGCAGUAAUAUGAAGACUGAAGCAAGUUCCUUUAACUCCCAUCGUUGGACAUCAAUACAUGAUCAAUACCAAACUCUUGAAGUCCUUGGGCAAGGAACGUAUGGUGUGGUCUACAAAGCUGAGCAUAAAAUUACAAAGAAUAUUGUUGGUCUUAAACGGUGUCGACUUGACACUUUCAAAGAUUUUGGAAUACCAGAAACAACAUUACGUGAAGUAUCUCUUUUACGGGAUUUGCGUCAUGAAAACAUUAUGACAUUAUAUCACAUAUCAUGCAAUACCGUGCGACUGUACAUGGUAUGCGAGUAUUUGGAUCAGGAUUUAAAAAAAUAUAUUCGUUCUCACCAAAAUGGUAUUCCAUUGAAUGAAAUAAAGCACAUUACCUUUUCUAUUUUACAAGGGCUUGCUUUCUGUCAUGGUCACCGCAUUAUUCAUCGGGAUUUGAAACCGCAUAAUAUACUUUUGUCUAAUGAUACUUCGCAAGUUAAAAUUGCAGAUUUCGGUUUAGCAAGAUCAUGCUUAGUUGCUGGAAAAACAUUAACUCACGAAGUUGUUACUUUAUGGUACAGAGCUCCGGAACUUCUUUUGGGAGACUGCGUUUACGAUACGAAUGUUGAUAUGUGGUCUGUUGGCUGUAUUGUAGCGGAACUACUUAGUGGAACACCACUUUUUGCUGGUGACUGUGAAAUCGACACUUUAUUUCGCAUUUGCCGAUUGCUUGGUACGCCGCCAAAACAGUGUUGGCCUAAAAAUUCGGUGGUUUCAUGGGAAGAUUUUCCUAAACUGACUGGCAAUCCUGAUUUAUUUAAGCAUUUAUCCCCAGCGUUAGAUGAAGCAGGCCAGUAUUUUUUGUUAUCCUUACUUCAAUUUAGUUCUAGUCAACGAAUGACUGCUUUGCAAGCAUUAAAUCAUCCGUGGUUGGAUGACAUUCGGCAGGAAAAACAAAUAAGCAAAUCUUUUAUGUAUCCUGAAUAUCUUUUGUGGAGACAUGAAAGUAUGAUAAGGAAUCAAAGUGAAAAUAGUAAAAAGUCAUACUCUAAGAAAAUGGUUUCUCAAUCAGAACAUCCGAGAAAUAUCAAUAGCUUUGAUCAACAAUCAAAAACAUCCUGUUAUGAUGCUAGUUCCUGUAACAUUGGUUAUCAGGAACGUCCUACUAAUGUGAAUCAAAAAGCUGCCAGUGAAGUAUCGCUAAUAGAAUCUGGUUUACCUUGUCUCCUUGCUACAGACAGAGACUUGUGUGAAGAUAGAAACUGUAUCGUUAAUGGCAAUUCUGGGGUUAGGCGAAAUUUGUGCUAUUCCGAUGAUUCGAAACACUUGCACCCUGUCAGUAUUUCCAGUGUGAAUAACAAUACACUUUUAACUUCAUUAUAUGGAAAUACUGAAGACUAUAUUGACUCUACAAGCUAUGAAUGUAAAACGUGUGAAAAUAGUCUCCCCCCUCCUACCCUUUUACGCUCCGAUCCUUCCUUUAUUAACAAUACUGAAUUUAAUUACUCGUCUUCUUGUGAUAAAAUUGAAUCUCAAUUUUUUCCUUUUGCCAAACGUCAAACUUGUUUUAGUUCAUCAAACGAUUUACCUAAGAAUUCAACCUCAAUGCCUAUAACAGAGCGCCUUUUUUGGCGACAACAUUCAGAUGCUGACGAUUCCAACCAUCGGAUGUCACAAAAUGAAUCUGUACCGAUUAAUUCCAUUUGUAAUCUUACGCCAAACAAUGUUUCUCAUGAUAUGGUCUAUCGUAAAGUUUUGUGGCCGCGUGCAUCCCUUGUUUCAAAAUUAUCAUUAAAACCAGAGUGUCCUACGGAGUAUUUUAUUGGUACAAAAAAUACAAAAGACCCUUUCCCUUCAAAAUCUCAAUGUGAUGUUGACAAUGAUAUUCAAAUUUAUGGUGAAUGCUUACGCAAAUUAGUUAGUGUAAAUACGUUUUCUUCGAAUAUUGAGUCUAAUUCAGAGAAGGAGUGUUCCGAAGACGUCGAGAAUCAUCAUAAACAUAAGAAUCGAAAUUCUAAUUUUUCCUCUCAUCAUGACAACUAUUCUGAUGGACCAGACCACCCACACUUAUAUUUAUUCGAACCCACAUCUUCCAAUAAUGCAUGUUUUCCGAAAAUACCAUUAAGAAGACCUAAUAUAAGUUCAGUACAGCACACACUAGGUGGCGACCGACGCUCUAAUAGUCGUUCAAGUAUGUUUGUAUUUCAAAAUACUGCGAAAAUCCUAAAAAGUCAUCAUUCUACAUACAAUGCGGAAUACGAAUCAGUAGCCAGUGAUGCCAAUCUAUCCAAACCUUCAUAUCAGUCAAUAUAUGAUGAUAAUAUAUCAACGCAACCGGAGACACAGGUUUGUAAAAGGAUUGGUGCAUCUUCUAAAUCAGUUAGGCUAACUGUUCAUUCUGGAGAUUCUACUUCUUUAAAUGAAGACAAUACCUAUUUAAUUUCUCAUAAUAGUUCUCCUCAAUGUAUUGAUUCUAAGGCCACUGAAUGGAACGUAUAUAAAACUUCUGCGUUAAAAGAGCAGCCUGUUUAUUCAAACUUAACGCAAUGUCCUGGACAACAAGGGCAAAACGUUAAUUCGGAUUCUAACAUUUCAGUGUCACAACAAGUUAUAUCAACGCAAGGCGUUAAAAAACAGGGUAAAGCGUAUAAUCGAAAAUUUGUUCGCCCUGCUUUCAUUAAACCAAUUUAUUCUUCACGUAUCCAAACAGGCAAAAAAGGAAAUACAAUUGACAUAAUUAAUAGUCAGCAACUCUUUCCUUUAGAGCAUCAAACACCCUCCUUUUCAAAAUGUUAUGAUGUUGUAGAUCCUCUCGUACCUUCUUACCAAAGAUCGAGUUCAAAAAAAUUAUCAGACCAUACCGGUCAAAACCCUUUUGAAGUUUUUUUAGAUUCAACAUUGUCGCUCAUGUCGUUACAAAGAAAGCACACUUAUUCUAACGAAAGUGCUAAUGAUAACUCUUCAGAUCCACCUCUCUCUUAUAAUACAAGCUCAAAUAUGAGCUUUGUUACAAAAACCCAUUUUAAUAAAAAAGUUUAAAGGAAACAAAAAAAUCUUUUAACGUAACGACUAAAAGGUUUAAGUACAACUUUAAAAAUUGAAUACUUUUCUAUUUCUAUUGGACACAAAUUCAAAAAAAAUGACCCUGACACUUUCUAACAACUUGAGUUUCGCUUAUCAUUUCAGUGUGGUCCGAUGGAUUAUACCAUUAAGAAUUACAAAUAAAAAGGUAUAUUAGAGUGCAAUACUAGAAAAAGGACAAUCAACUUAACGAAAAGCAGAACACAUUAGCAAGUUAAUAAAAUAUUAUUAUAUUUGCUUGUGAAAGUGACUAUAGGAAUAAUAGACUAGUGUACUACGUCUCCCGAUAUAGUUUUUACAACAAAGUCAGCAGUUGUAUUUGUAACAGCCGCAUACAGAAAAAUGUCGACCACAUAACAGUUAGUAGCGCUUGAGAAUUCUUGUCCGACUCUUUGUUGUUACCGUUGCGCAGAUAAUUUCUUUUUCGUUUUGUCGCAUUUUUUAGAGCAAGUUUAUAAGAAAAAAUCUCAAACUGAUUUGGUGUUUGUGUACACAAUCCAACCUGGUCUUUUUACCCUUUCGUAGAAAAAUUAUUUUUUAUUUUAAUGCUUCGUUUCGAACAAAAGACAUGAAUAGAAUAGGAACGAUAAUGAUCCCAAAUAA